AUGACGAAGAUGUCUAAUGUUCCAGAUGAUUUGGUAUUGGAGAUAUUCUCUAGGGUUCCAUUGACAUCGCUAGGCAAAGUGCGAUGUACUUGUAAAAGGUGGAACGCUUUAUCCGAAAUUCAGAUUUUUGGUAAAGAAACAGCAGCAAGGAAACAGGUUCUAGGGUUCAUGGUACUUGAUCAUAGGGUUUGUUCCCUGAGAUUCGAUCUCCAAGGAAUCCUCAACGAAGGAGACUUGGUUGGUCCAUCUGUAAAGCAAAUAAGUACACUUGAUCACAUUAAGAUGUCUGAAGUUUUUCACGCUGACGGCUUAUUGUUAUGCGUCACAGAAGACAAUCUCAUGGUGUGGAACCCAUAUUUAGGGCAAACCAAAUUGAUCGGACGGCCUGAGAAAUUUUUCGACAAUAAUCGCAUUAUUGCUUUCGGAUACGACAACAACAAAAACCGUAACCAUAAAAUCUUAAGGAUUUGGGGGGAUUAUGACAACACUGAAGACGACUUUGGAAUAGAUGCUAAUCAAUGCCCCGUGCCUUUGAAGGGAAACACUUACUUUGUUGCUCAAGAGAAAAUAACACAGGAUGCAGUGGAACACUUUUUACUCUGUUUUGAUUUUACAACGGAGAGCUUUGGUCUGCCUCUUCCGUUUCACUCUGAGGGACACGUUGUGACUUUGUCUUGUGUCAGAGAAGAGAAAGAGCAGCUCGCUGUCUUAUGUAAACCUUACGAGGAAUUGGAGAUUUGGAUUACGACUAAGAUUUUGCCAAAUGCGGUAUCAUGGAGCAAGUUUUUGAAAGUGGAGAUCACACCUCUCAAUGGUUUUCUGGAUGAGUUUGUGUAUGACUUUGAUUAUGGGAGCUUCUUCAUUGACGAGGAGAAAAAAGUCGCUGUGGUUUUUUAUGAUUACUAUGAAGAUGAUCCAUCCGAGAACAACCUGUUAGGAGCUGGCAUCAUUGGAGAAGAUGGCCACUUCAAAUUCUUGGAUCUCGGAGAAGCUUGGAAAAAAGGAUUUUGUGAACCAUUUAUGUUCUCUUCUUAUGUUCCAAGUUUAGUGCAACUACAACUCAACCAACGGGGCAAAAGGAAAGCAGAAGAUUAUUCUUAUCCAAGCAAAAAAAAAAAAAAAAGAACGAAAGAAAUGAUUAAUUAG